AUGCGGUGGAAGCCGGAGGAAUUGGUCACCGAACUGCAACAAAGGAAGCUACCCGGUGGAAAAUUUUAUUUCACUCAGAAAGAGUUUCUAAAAGAAGGGCAGAUUCGUUCAUUUUUUUCACGAUUAAAAGCACUACGUGGAAAACCACAGCAGAAUAUGGAAGUAGACGAUGGAGACGAUGAACCGUUUGAAGAUGACCAGACAUUUAUGGAAGUGUCACGUCGAUAUAAACUGAGAGAUGCUGCAGGUGUAUCCAAACCAGCAACCACGAUUGUUCCGCACAAUCGUCCAACAUCCCCAGAUAAACGUCACGGAUCAACUCCUGAUGUUACACCACCGAAUAAAAGGCGUCAGUCAGAAAUGAACAGCAAGAAGGAAGAAAGAAGGUCUCACUUUACUCCCAUUUUGAAGAGGACACUCCAGACUAUGCGUUCAUGAAAAAAAGCAGUACAGUCGUAUUGGGAAAUUUUUGCAGUGGACCUAGUUUUCCAGAGAUAUCCUGAAAACCUGUUUUAGAAAACUCUUCUGGAAAAAACUUUGGUUAUGAAAAUAUGCCUCUGGUUGAAUGAAGUCUGCCUUUUCAAAAGGCAAAAAUCGGAGGUCUCUAGCUGUUUUCUAUCAAAAGUUAUUCACAAAAUAGACACGGCUCUUAUUUUUUGGAAUGGAUAGUGGUGUGGUGAAUGCUGAAGUAGUGAACCAUCAUUUAUUUUCAUUUUGCUAUUAUUCUUUGAUGUUUUAUGUUGUUGUAGUAUCAGUGAAGUCUUUGAUACGGGAAUGGUGCUCAUUUAAUGAUUUUUUACCGAUUUCACCGCCAGUUUUUCCUCUUCUAAAAACAUAAGUUCUGGCUUUCAGAUAAAUUCGUUAUAUAAUAUUUUUCAGAUGUGACAAAUCCUGCUUCAGAGAAGUUUAGCAGAUUUGAACUCUGGACCUAAAUGUAGUUUUUGUGAAAAUAAGGUUCUAAUGUACAGGAGUGAGACAAAACGGCUGUUACUGGAAAGAAAAUCCAUUGCUUUUUAGGAAUCGAGCAUUUAGCAGAGUUUUUAAAACCGGAACUCUAAAACGGCAAAGACCCUUGAAGAAAUAUUUGUCUUUCAUUUUACUGUCUUGUAGUUAACUUUAUCUUAC